AUGGAGAAAACAAUAAUGAUGGACAUGAGUGACGUUGACAAAGACCACCAUCAGACUACAGAUACUACUACUAUUAGUGUUAUUUCCGUUACCGACGAAAAAGAAAAAGUGAAUGAUAGCAGCAACAAAGAAAAGUUGACAACAACAAAUGUCGAUAUUGCUGAUAGUGGUAAUGAUGAUGAUGUUGAACACCACCAGACUGCCACAACUAAUAGUACUACUAUUACUACCACUAUAGAUGAAAGAAAAAACGUGCUUGAUAUCAACAAUGAGGAGAAGACGGUGUUGUCUAAGUUGAGGUGCAAUAGUGGUAGCGAUGAUGACUACCACCAGAUUAUUAGCACUGACGAAAAAGAAAAAGUAAAUGAUACUACUGAGGAAGAGUUGACGACGACAACAAGAAUUAAUGUCAACGAAGGUCUUCUUACUCAGAAGAAUCUCAAUGUUAAGAAUCGUGAGACCAUGAUAGCCUGUACUGGUUUUACCGAUGAAAUCUUGAUGAUAUCUCGCAAAAAAAUCGACAUCGAUAACAGCAACAGUAGUACAAGAAGAGACGGUAAAAAUAACAGCAACAACAGUAGCAGACACACCAACAGCAGUAACAUCGGAAGUAUCAACAAUAACAUCGACAGCAGUAUCAACUUGUCCCAAUAUGUUAUUGGAAAAUCAUCAUCAUCAACAUGUAGCACUACAGAACUUUCUGUAGCUACACUAACUCGAGAUAAUGAAAAUGUUAGUACUCUUACGAUGCAUGACACUAAUCGUAACACUCUAAACCCAGCAAAUAUAGCAGAAAGAAAUAUGCGAGGAAAUAAAGAAGAUAAAUCAAGACCACCUUUACCAAAACCGGAUGAGGAAAAUGUUGAUUCAUCAAAAACUGAAGAAAGAAAAAGGAAAUACUCAGUGAAUAUUCUCAUGAGUCCGGUAUUCACAAUGUUGAUGUUGGAGAUUUCAUCAUCAUUAUCAGAGUCACUAGAAGAUGUAGAUAUGCUAGCCUCUAGAUCGUCGAGUUUUUUCUUGACAACUUAA